UUUCGGUUUCCAUAUAUAAACAGAAGAAAGUUUUGAGUCUCCAAAAGCAGAAAAAUGGUGAAAAUGAAUACCAAAGAAACACUUGUUUUACUCUUUGCAUCUUUCUUGUUCCUAUCUUGUGGCUAUGCACAAGAUACUAUUGUACCAGCUAUCAUCACAUUUGGUGAUUCUGCUGUGGAUGUAGGGAAUAAUGACUACCUUCCUACUAUUUAUAAGGCUAACUAUCCUCCUUAUGGGAGAGAUUUUGUUAACAAACAGGCUACUGGAAGGUUUUGUAAUGGCAAAUUAGCUACUGAUAUUACAGCUGAAACACUUGGUUUUAAGAAUUUUGCACCUGCAUAUCUCAGUCCACAGGCAUCAGGAAAUAACCUCCUUACUGGUGUAAACUUUGCUUCAGCUGCAUCUGGUUAUGACGAAAAGGCUGCUACCUUGAAUCAUGCACUUACAUUAUCCCAACAGUUAAGUUAUUUCAAGGAAUAUCAAGGCAAGUUGGCACAGGUUGCUGGCAGCAGAAAAGCUGCAUCAAUUAUCAAAGGUUCAUUGUACUUAUUGAGUGCUGGAAGCAGUGAUUUUGUGCAAAAUUAUUAUGUUAAUCCUUGGAUCAACAAAGCAAUCACUGUUGAUCAGUAUUCUUCUUACCUACUAGACUCAUUCAACACCUUCAUUAAGGGCUUGUAUGGAUUAGGGGCAAGGAAAAUUGGAGUGACUUCACUUCCACCAUUGGGGUGCCUACCAGCUGCAAGGACUUUAUUUGGUCACCAUGAGAACGGUUGUGUCUCAAGAAUCAACACUGACGCACAAGGAUUUAACAAGAAAAUUAACUCAGCUGCAUCAAAUCUUCAAAAGCAACUUCCUGGUCUUAAGGUUGUGAUUUUUGAUAUUUACAAGCCUCUCUAUGACCUUGUUCAGAGCCCUUCAAAUUUCGGUUUCGCUGAGGCGGGGAGAGGAUGCUGUGGUACAGGAACGAUCGAAUUAACAUCACUAUUGUGCAAUACAAAAUCACCAGGAACUUGUUCUAAUGCAACUCAGUAUGUGUUCUGGGACAGUGUUCAUCCUUCAGAAGCUGCUAAUCAAGUUUUGGCCGAUUCUUUACUCGUACAAGGCAUAUCUCUCAUCACAUAAGGAAGGACUCGUGACAUGAUUGUUCAUCUAAGCUAAAUAUUAUUGUGUACAACAAGUACAACUACACACUUCUAUUAAAGUCAUUCAAAAGUUUCCUGUUUUUCAGGAUUAUGCUACAAGAAUCUCUAUUCUAUGUAUCUUAUAUGUUGCGAAUUUCAGAUUAAGUUGUUUGUAAAACAUAUUAUAAUACACAAGUUUCUGCUUAUUAUUUAUAAA